CUUGUGUAGGAGCUGUCUGAUUCCAGCAGGUGGCAGUAAUAAAACUACAUGGAUGCCAUAUGACGGUAAACAUCAGAGAAGAGGAAGAAGAGGAAGGCGGUGGGUCCAUUCCGGAUGAGAUACAAUCGCUAGCUCUUGCGUAGCAGCAUAAAGCUAUUUCGUGCUUUGCUGAGGAGAGUGACUGCCAUAGGACACCAGUUACUCUACGUUUUAAUUCUUUAUGUGUUCAAGUUGCCACCGUAAGUCUAACGUACUCCUCCGCCGUUAAAAUGAAGAAAAAAAGCUCUGAGAAGAAACGCCAUGUGGUUGCCUGGGUCAACAAAGCUGAGUGGGAUCAGGUGUUGGAGUAUCUUUACUCCCAGGAUCCCGGUUUACAGAGGUAUGCUUUACAGAGGAUCUCAGCAUGGAAGGGGAGGUAUGCCAGCAGCACGCCUGUAGCAGUGGAGUGCACAGCGGAUUUGGUGAGGUGCCAGGCUCUGGACAGGUCUGGAGAGAUGGCCGGAGCUGACUUGGUUCUGCUGUAUGGGAUGGCCCUGGUGAGGUUUGUGAACCUGAUCACUGAACGGCAACAAGGGAAGAUUGCAAGACCACUACGACGCCUGGCUGGGAACUUAAACAUCCCAGAGUGGGUUGUAGACCUGAGGCACGAUUUCACACAUCGGAAGCUCCCUACUUUGAAAUGGUGUCGAAAGGGGUGUAAGGUGGUUUUGGAGUGGCUCCAGCAGGAAUACUGGUCCAGACAGCUGGGUGGAGGUUCUAACGAGGACUGGGAGUCGCAGUCUGAUGGAGAGGAUGAAGACGAUCUGAAACUGAAAGACGAUGAGCUCAUUGCCAGGCAAAAAGAAAUGGAAACCUACAAGAACGUUAGAGAACUUCUGAUAUCUUAUGAGAAAGAGAAGUUCCAGGCUUUUGACAAGCUUCCUGGACGCAAAGAUAAGAGCUUGUGGCCUGCCCCCUUUGCAGAAAUGAGCUGGAUCCUUGGUGAGAUCAAGCAGUUUUCUGUGGAGUCCAGUGAUUUUCUGGUUGACGUGCUUUUAGAAGACGGAUUUCUCAUUCCGACUGUUGAGCAACUGCAAACAUUAGGCUGCGACAUGUCUGAUAAUGUCAGUCCCAGGCUCCCCCAGACGUUCCUGCGUUUUUGGCUGCCCCUCCUGAAGAUGCUCAACUCGCCGUCCUUCAUCCACCUCCUUCUAGAGAAGCUCUUCGUUGAACUGAAGCUUCUCUCCAAAGAGGAGAAUAAUCACAGAGCUUUCUACAUUUCUGCUUGGAUUACAGAGAUCCUCUUCUGUAACAGCAACAAGUUUGAGUAUCACUUUGAAACAAAGGCGCAGAGGAAAGCCAGGAUGAAGGACAGGAUUUUUGUGAACCGAAUCCAGCUGAGGUGGCAGCAGCUGCUCUCCGCUUGUCUGGAAGCUCCCUGUUUCAGCACGCCUCACAUGCUCCAGUUAAUCCUGGACGACAUGGAGCAUCCGCUACCUCUGGAGACUCGGCAGAGGCUGGUCCAGCUCUGCUCCAUCUACACGCAGACAGAAUAUUCAGAAAGUGAUCCAUCCUCAGAGCAGAAGCAACAGCCUGUAUACACCCUGGAGAGUUUGCACGAGAAGCUGCAGCAUUCAAGGCGCUACAGUCAUUUGUCUCUGGCUGAACCGGACAGAGGGAAGUCCACCCAGGAGCACAGGUGGUCAGAUGUUCAGGCUGAAAAAGCAAAGCUGCUCAGAGGUUCUCCGUGGCAGGUGUGCGUCGAUAAAGUUCUAUGGAAGAAUUAUCCUCUUGGUAAAGUCCCCGGACAGUCAGAUGAUCCUUCGUGCCUCAUGGUGGGCAACUACUCAACAAUGACUGUCUUUGACCAGCCGGUGGAGAUGGAGACCACCGCGCCACACAGCGCCCCAGGAGCCAUGGCACCUGUGAGAACAGCUGGUGGUGUUGUUUGGAACCACAGUGAUGUUGGCAAACUGAAAUCUGGACUGCAACUUUUCUGAGUGGUGUUGUAAUGCUGUGAAAUAUAGAAGCCUGUAGAUUCUGACACAUUGUUAAACUUGUGCUUUCUGUUGCUUUGACAUUCAAAAUACGUUAACUACAGUACUGAACAGCUUGUUGUUUAAGUGUUGCUUUUCUUUGUUUUACAUCAUUACGGGUUGGUGGAAAUAAUUACUAUUUGUUAUCAAUCUGCUGCCUAUUUUCUGGAUAGUUGAUAUUUCAAUAACAAUGAAAAAUGCUGAUUUCCAAGGUGCUCUCUUAAACCCCCCAUUUUUUAGACUAAUAAAAGAGCUGCAGAUAAAUGUUCUUUCAAUUGAAAGAACAUUUAUCUGCAGCUCUAAUGUCAUAUCCAUUUAAACGUGGAAUUUUCUGACAUUUUAUAGACAAAAUGAUAAAUCAGUAAAUUGAGAAAAAUAAUCAGCAUAUGAAUUUAUUUUGAAAGCCUCCUUUUUAUGCCGUCUGCAGUGGCAGACAAUAUGUGGUAAAGGCAGAUCUGAAAAUAUAGUGCAGAAAUUAUUUUUUUUGUAAGGCAAGAAUGUGAGGUACAUCUGGAAUAUUCAUUCAGUAUGAUGGUGUAUUGAAAGCACAGUGGGGUUCUCUUGUAUUAUUAUUAUAACUUUCAUGUAAGUUUCCUUUCAUGGUUAACACAGUUGUCAGUCUCUGUGGAGAGUUUGAGAGUCUUUUAGUUGUAACCUCUGACAAGUGAGGUAUUGUAAUGGCAACAGCACAAGGUGGUUUUGUGUAACACGUUUUCUUGCACGCACUUCUGUUCAAUAAAAACAUUUCUCACUAAAGGAAUAUGAUGGUAUUCUUUUAGAG